AUAAAGGAGAAGAAACACACACUAACAGAUACUUGUUUGACAGAAUAUAUAUAUAAAACCGCAGCUACUUGAAGAUUUACUAAGCCAAUUUGAUUAAAUGCAAGUAAAAGGUAUGUUGUGGAUAUUCCAAAAUUUAAGAUUCCUCCUCUUCGCCUCUGCCAUGGAGUUUGUCACAGCUGACGAUCAAUGUAGGAACAAUGUAUACAUAGAAGGGAUGGCUCUCAGGUGUUCGGUCUUCAAAAGAUGGUCAGUAGCGGCUCCUCACCUCUGCGAUGUCAAAUGCGGACAAGAGAUCACAUGCCAAAGCUAUAACUACAAUCAAAAAUACCAAAUAUGUGAACUAAAUAACCGCACCAAGGAGGCGAGACCAGAGAAUUUCCUUUCAGCUCCCGCGUGGUUUUACAUCCGGCGAUUGAACGGCAGAGCUCCAUUAGGUUCUAUCCCUGAAUUACCAGCGCUGUCUUGUCGGGAAAUAAAGGAUAGUGAAGGUAAACACACCAUAAGCGGCAAGUAUUGGCUCGAUCCAACUGGGAAAGGAAAGGCAAAACUGAUUUUCUGUAAUAUGGUUAACGAAGAUAUGGACGAAUGUAAAUUUAACAUCAGUGACUGCGACGUGAAUGCAAACUGUACUAACACGUAUGGUUCUUACAAAUGCACAUGUAAAGUGGGAUACACUGGCGAUGGACACUCAUGUUCAGAUAUUGACGAGUGUAAAGGAAAUCACUCUUGUCACAUGAAUGCUAUCUGCACGAACACAAAAGGAUCGUACGUUUGUAAUUGUCACCCCGGAUAUACUGAAAAUGAACGCGGCUGCGCAGAUAUCAACGAGUGCAAAGGAAAUCACUCUUGUCACGUGAAUGCUACAUGCAUGAACACCCUUGGAUCACAUGUAUGUCAAUGUCAUGCUGGAUAUACUGGAAAUGGACAAAACUGCUCAGAUAUUGACGAAUGUAAAGGAAAUCACUCUUGUCACGUGAAUGCUACCUGCACGAACACCAACGGAUCCUAUCUUUGUGAAUGCUACCCUGGAUUUAAUGGAAAUGGUCAAAGCUGCACAGCCGACCCAUGUUAUAGUUAUCAAAACCUGAGUGAUGCCAAUAGAAAGAGCAGUUACGUUACACCGUUAAAUGGACCAUCGUUGUGUGACGACUUACUCCCCGAGGGAUGGUAUCGUUUUGUGGGAGCUGCAGGAACAAAAAUGCCCACAACACGUGUGCCAGCAUACAGAUGUGGUACAGACUGGCCAGGUUGGUUGGAUGGUGCUCAUCCUACAGUGGAAGAUGGUGAAGUUUUCAGGAAGGUCUGCUUUAGUGAUCGCUCUACUGGUUGCCGAUACACAAAAAAUAUUUUUGUAAAAAACUGUGGAUCCUACUUUAUCUACAAACUUAUAAAGCCACGUAGUUGUCCCUUACGCUACUGUAGUGCAGACUGAAUGUGAAGCAAAUAUACUUCGCGUAGUAAGAGAACACACAAAUCGCUCCGUAGAUACAUGUAUAUAAAGUUUUGACAUGUAAGGUAUUCAACCUUUCUUCUCUAUCGUAAACAUUAUCAUCAGAUUUUAACUUUGGUGGCAAACAGGUACUUAUCUCAUUAGAGUGAUAAUUCUCAUCAGAUAGCCUCUGUCAUCAAAGAGAG